CUGAGGUGGGCACCCUGAACCAUGGCUGCUAUGGUCCAGACUGGCCGUGCGUGGCUCGCCGCCCCCGCCCUGGGGACAGCCUGCAGAGCCAGUCACACGGCAGCGCCGAAGCCCCAGUACGACGCCGUGGUCAUCGGAGGAGGGCACAACGGACUGGUAGCAGCAGCGUACCUGCAGAAGGCUGGUGUGGAGACGGCUGUCUUGGAACGCCGGCAUGUUCUGGGGGGGGCCGCGGUGUCCGAGGAGAUCAUCCCAGGCUUCCGCUUCUCCCGGGCCUCCUACCUGCUCAGUCUCCUGCGGCCACACAUCUAUAUGGACCUUGAGCUGAAGAAACACGGCUUGAAGGUGUACAGGCGUGACCCCCACUCGUUCACGCCCCUGCUGGAGGAGGCGGUGGGGGGGAAGCCCCCCCGCUCUCUGCUUUUGGGCCCUGACCUUGAGAAGAACGUGCAGGAGAUUGGGAAGUUUUCCAGAAAUGAUGCCAAGGCCUACCCUGUGUUCCAGAACCAUCUGGAGAACCUCGCCUGUGCCAUACACCCCCUGCUGGACGCCCCGCCCGUGGAUAUCGCUGGGAUAGCUGGGGGGUCCCUGAGAAGACGAUUGGCUGCUCUGCGGACCCUGCGGCCCCUUCUGCAGUGUGGUUUAAAACUGGGAAAGAACCUUCCAGACUUUUAUGAGCUGCUCACAGCUCCAGCGCAAAAGGUGCUGAACCGCUGGUUCGAGUCGGAGCCACUCAAAGCGACGCUGGCCACAGACGCGGUGAUCGGCGCCAUGAUGAGCCCCAAGAACCCGGGCAGCGGGUAUGUGCUGCUGCACCAUGUGAUGGGAGAGCUGGAGAAGGAGCGAGGAGCUUGGGGCUAUGUGGAAGGGGGCAUGGGGGGCGUGUCCAAAGCAAUUGCCAAUGCGGCACAUGCCCAUGGAGCCUCCCUCUUCACUGAACGGGAAGUGGAGCACCUUUUGGUGGCUGACGAUGGCCGCGCCCGCGGCGUCGCGCUCAAGGACGGCUCUGAGGUCCACAGUAAAGUCGUCCUGUCCAACGCCACACCGUAUGUGACCUUCAAGCGGCUCACCCCUCAGAAUGCCCUGUCCCCGGACUUUGUGAGAGCGGUCGAUCAGAUUGACUACACGUCUCCGGUUACCAAGAUUAAUGUUGCUGUGGACAGACUGCCUGACUUCCUGGCUGCCCCGAACAGAGCCCGCGGCCUGCCAGGCCCCCAUCACCAAUGCUCCAUCCACCUGAACUGCGAGAACAUGGACAUUCUGGAGGAAGCGUAUCAAGAGGCCAGGCAGGGCCGCCCCUCCACCAGACCCAUGCUGGAGAUGUGCAUCCCCUCUGUGCUGGACCCAACUCUGGCGCCCCCUGGCUGCCACGUUGUCUCCAUCUUCAGCCAGUACACUCCCUAUUGGCUGGGGGAGGGCCGUGCCUGGACCAAUGAGGACCGGGAGAAGUUCGCAGACUCCGUUUUUCACUGUAUUGAGCUCUACUCGCCUGGCUUCAGAAGCUCCAUAGUGGGCAAGGAGGUUCUUGCUCCACCUGACCUGGAGAGCAUUUUUGGGCUGACUGGAGGGAAUAUUUUUCACGGUGCCAUGUCAUUGGAUCAGCUCUAUCUGGUGCGACCUUUGCCCUCUGUCUCGGAUUACCGCUCACCAAUCAAAGGCCUGUAUCUAUGUGGCAGUGGAUGUCAUCCUGGUGGUGGCGUUAUGGGUGCUGCAGGAUGGAACGCCGCCCUGACUGUCCUGGCUGACUUGCAGCGGGGCGGAAGUGGCUGAGAUGAGCCUGGGGUUUAGGGGGGAGGUGGGGCACAUUGAUUGCUAUCGAGAAUUAUCUAGGAUGUUCUGUAAACAUUCAUGUGAGACUUUCCACAAAACACACAUUGUAGUUUACAUUAUCACCUUAUUGAAAUAGGUUCAAGUUAAUUUCAGCUUCAUUCAAGUUUUUAAAAGGUCUAAUAAUGUUUUUAAAACACUAUUUGGAGUUACUCGUCAUGGCUGUAUGAAUUAUGAGAUUGGGGCAUUUGAGGGUCAUUCUGUGGGGUAGGCUAACGUUAGCAACAGUGCAAAGAGUCACAAUUAAAGCCAUGUCUUUGUGUAAUACUUUGAUGCUGCCUAACCCUAACUCCAAUGACGUCUUUGUGAAUAAACUGUUUUUGUUUGAGGCUGCC